AUCAAUUCAACAAAUUCCUAUUAGAGAAGGGUGGAAAAAUCGCGAGUAGGUCGCGGGCAAAGGGCACACAGGUGCGCCAGAUCCCGAAGGAGGCUUCCAUCCUCGCCUCCUAGUCCUAGCCCGAUAAAGUGCGCAGACGUCCUCGCACGCCGACGAGGAUGGCCGAGUGGAAGAACAGUGGAGGCGCGAAACGCUCGUUCCCCCGUGUCCGGAAGCAUCGAUGUGGCCUGAACGUCGCACGAGGAGAGAGCCUGCCAGAGUAGGAUGGAGCGAGGUGGAAACUAGCCUCAUUCCCUAUACGGCCGCGCGGGUGGGUGAGAGCGAGAGAAAAGGAUAACGCGGCCGCGCACGCGCGCCACCAGCCUCCGGAACGGCCGACGAGAGAUCUAGAUGGAGUACGGAUCGGGUGGGAGUGCGAGAAGGGGUGGAGAGAGGGAGAAGGAGGAACGUAUACACUGGUCUCGUAGGGCAGUCGUUCCUCCUUCGUCGUUCCUUCGCAAAGGCGCAGACCGCUUUUAAUCAAAAUUAUUUUGCGCGACAGGGAGAUAUAAAAGAGAAGGAAAGAUCGCGAAACUACGAUCCAACGACGACCGUUACCGUUCAUUAUCAACGUUCAACGAUAUAUACGUAAAACCGGUGUCGUCUUUCGCUCGUUGCAGUAUUAUCGGUCGCGUAUCACGGUGUCGCUGCUCCCUCGUACCAGCAGUGCAAAGUGGUGGUGCCGGUGGCUGAACGAGAGGAGCAGGCGGAAGAAAGGCGGAGGAAGCUACGAGACGAAAUCCUCGUCCUUUUCGUCGUCGUGCACGGGGUCGACCGUGUAUCGUGUUCCCUCUCUCUUUUGCCCUGUAGAAUCGAGCCGAAUGAUGCCCAAUUGACGAACACCAAGUCCUAGGAAUGGCCCCCUUCAGUUCCGUCUUCCUGGGCGUCUGGGGAGUGUUCGUGAUCGUCCUUAUACAAGAAUCUAGGCCCGUCAGCUGGGAGGAAUGGUGGACCUAUGACGGUAUUUCCGGUCCCGGCUUCUGGGGUCUGAUCAAUCCGGAUUGGUGGCUGUGUCACAAGGGCAGACGUCAAUCGCCGGUGAACCUGGAACCGUCCAGGCUCCUCUUCGAUCCGAACCUGCAACCCCUCCACGUGGACAAGCACAGGGUAGGCGGUGUGCUGGCGAACACUGGCCACAGCGUGGUCUUCGCCGUGGACAAUGACACGCGCCAUCCUGUGAACAUAUCCGGUGGCCCGUUGAGCUACCGGUAUCAGUUCCACGAGAUACAUUUGCAUUUUGGAUUGGACGAUCGGACCGGUAGCGAGCACACCGUGGACGGACACGCGUUUCCCGCGGAGUUGCAAAUAUUCGGCUUCAACUCGCAACUGUACAACAACUUCUCGGAUGCGUUACAACGGGCACAGGGGAUCGUGGCGUUGUCUCUUCUUCUCCAGGUUGGAGACCUCUCGAAUCCAGAGCUUCGAAUAUUCACCGAGCAGCUGGAUAAAAUCAAAUAUGGAGGCCAGGCGAUGGAGAUUAAACGUUUCGUGGUGCGGGAACUGCUACCGGACACGAAAUAUUACAUGACGUACGACGGCUCCAUCACGAUGCCAGCCUGCCACGAGACCACCACGUGGAUCAUCCUGAACAAGCCGAUAUACAUCACAAAGCAGCAGCUUCUCGCGUUGCGACAAUUGAUGCAAGGAGACAAGGAUCAUCCGAACGCGCCACUAGGGAAUAAUUUCAGACCGCCGCAGCCGCUUCAUCAUCGUCCCGUUCGAACAAACAUCGACUUCAACGUUCAGCCAACAGCUGGAAAUAACCCCCUUGGCAAGUUACGGGGGUGGCUGGAGGUGAACUACGCUUUCCCUGGGUUAAACUGGAGCCACGCAGUUAAGAGGAUAGAAACCCACUGACAUAUCAAUUAAUGAGCGCGACCAGUGGUCAUCGUAUCGAUCAGAUCGAGCAGAGGCCAUCGUGGCGCGAAUGGUUGAGAGGAAGAGUGAGAGAGCGUACGAAAGAAAGAGAGAACGAGCGAGUGAGAAAAGAAGAGAGGUCAGAAUGUCGAGAAAAAGAGAGAAAGAGAUUAAAAAGAAGAAAAAUGCUUCGUUGUACUAUUAGACGUGAACUGCCAAGUAUGUUUCCAGUAACGAAGAAAAAAAAAAAAAAAAAACAACAAGAACACGCAGAUACACAACAAGUACACAGAGAGACACGUACAGAAGAUAUACCUAUAUAUAGAUUACAAUUUAGCGGAGAUAAGGUUAAAAAAAAAAAAAAA